AUGUCCGACGCCAAGAAACCUUUGCUGUUGUACACGGCACCUACGCCCAACGGACACAAAGUAUCCGUCUUUCUUGAAGAGCUGAAGGCCGCGUAUGGCAUCGACUAUGACGUCGAGAAGAUUGACCUCUCCAAGAAUGUUCAAAAGGAACCUUGGUUCAUCAAACUCAACCCCAAUGGACGGAUCCCCGUACUCGUCGACCGUUCCAGAAACGACUUCCCCGUGUUCGAGACUGCCGCUAUUAUCCUCUAUCUCCAACACCAUUAUGACAAGGACGGCAAAUUUGGCUGGACUGCCGAGAAGGAUCCCGAUUUCUGGAGUGAAGAACUCCAGUGGAUUUUCUUCACCCACGGCGGAGUCGGGCCCAUGCAAGGACAGGCUAACCACUUCAACCACGCUGCGCCAGAGAAGAUCCCAUACGCUAUUAACCGCUACCUCGAGGAGACCAAGCGACUUUACGGCGUGCUCGAAAUCCGAUUGACCGGUAGGGAUUGGCUUGUUGGACCAGGCAAGGGACAAUACAGCAUUGCCGAUAUCAACGUCAUUCCCUGGAUACGAGUCCACAGCUAUGCUGGAAUCGAGAAUUUGGACCAGUGGCCUUCCGUGAAGGCAUGGGUAGAGCGAGCAACGGCACGACCUACUUUCCAAGCUGGUAUCAAGGUCUGA